CAGUAUCCUCUGAUUUCUAAUGGUUCUCUAACUGAUAUCAAUCUGUGAUCAGCUAGUGAAAACAUAGCUAACUCUUACAAACCAAACUAUAGAAAAUAUUAAUCUGUCUGAUAGAAUUCAGUCUGCGUCAACAUUGAGGACUAGAUUCAUUACAUUAUUUACUAUCUAGUGUCCAAUCAAAGUAUCCAUUACAGUCCUACAAGAGGUCGGUUGUGAGCUCGGAUAGCUCAGUGGUAACGUUUCUGACCUCAGUAGCGGGCGAACAGGGGUCGAAUAACAGAAGGGAGGGGCAUGAGUCUCCUCACAGUUGCAGACACACCUCACUGAUGACUGCUGACAACCAAAAAAUCGAUGUCCAAUGUUUCGUGCUGGCUGCCUCCAACCCUCUGAAAACAGUUUUGAUGGUAUUGUGAUGGUGAGCCACCUAGUAUGAUGGCUACAUCAUAGACUUGACUGAUGGAAUUUAGUUUGCACCAUGCCUACGAACUUUAAGCGGGAUAUUAGUCACUAUCUAGUGUCCGAUCGGAGAGAAAUUAAUUUGUCUAUAAAGGUUACUGAAAUGACACUCAUAUUCUAAUUUUAUUCAGUUAUUAUUUCAUGGAAGAACUUCUAGAAAUAAAUGGUGUUUAAUUCUGUUGCCGUGUUUUUUCUACCUAGUGUUUUACUCAUACGCAUCACCUAUUUCAUAUGCUAUUUUUUCAAUUGUAGUUAUGCUUUACAGAAAAUGUUUUACACUAAUUCCAAAGGAAAAAUUCAACUUUAUUUCAAGGGCAAUCGGGUCUCACUAUCCAAAGGAUAAUCAUCAUUUCGAGUUGCAUAAUGUCAGCAUCGAUAACAACAACAACAACAAGAUCAAAAAACGAUUAUAUCAAACAAUUACCUCUUCUCCUACUGAAUUCCCUCUUCCUUCGCCUACAAUUUCAUCAACAUGGUUAAGAAGUCAAUACUUAUCUGAUAUUGUCUUACAACAAGAGUUUUCUGAUGUCUAUACACAGAAUACUUUGAAAAAUUUACUUACAUUAUGUCAAGAUGAAUUUCGUCUAGGUCGUUGGCGUAAAUCAAAGAUAUCCUCCAUAUCGGAUGUUGAAAUUAGUCAUGAUAAGAAAUCCUAUUCAUCAUCAUUAUUGGAUAGUUUAUUUUUAGAUUUGUAUAAAACAGAACUGGAUAUUGAUCCUGUCAUUGGAGUUCAAAUGGUACGAAAUGUUUGUAGAAAUAAACUCGAACAAAAUUUCUGCAUACACACGCAAAACUUUGAUCAUCUGCGUAUUCGUUUGGACUUGCUUAAUCCUGACUUAUUACUUGUUAGACUUUAUGAUCCACUCACCAAUAUUGGUGUGAAACAUGUUAACAAACUUAUUGAACGCUGUCCAGAGUUACCGUUAGGCACUAUGCCAUGUAUAACAUCAAAUCAAGAUAACUCACUAUCCUAUAAAACUAUUCUUCAAGAAUCUCUUGAAGUAUUAAGUCAUUAUCUGAUACAUAAUGAUGUCAUAAGUGUUGUCCAACGUUUCCCCAGUGUCCUACUUCGUGGAAAGCUGGAGCUAAUUGAUUUAUGUGAAUUUUGUAUACAUGAAAUGCGUUUAGAAUCGUUUGAUUAUAUACGUGCAUUAUCUUCACCGCAUCAUAAACACUCUUUACGUCAUUCAACUGGACUUAGUAUAAGUAAAUGUCCUAUUUGGGAAUUACCGCUGGAACAUGUUCGUGUUAGAUUCACAUUUUUACGCUUAGCAGGAUGUUGGCCGUUAACAAGGUAUACAGUUGGAAAAUCUAUUAAUGUUGACCAACAACUGGCGACUUUAUUGAAAUCUUCUGAUGGAGAAUUCUCCUCCUGGUUGAAUGUGAAUCUGGGCAAAACAGCAUCGAAGACCAAAGAUAAUAACAAGUAUUCUAGUGAUAAGUGUAACGCCUCAGAAAAAUCAAAUACACUAAUCAGUGGUAUAGUAUUCACUAAAUCGGAUGUGAAAUUUUUUGAAAAAGUAUGCUCACGUAUUUCAACUGUUUCUGAGGAUGAUGAUAUUGGUGGUAUUGGUGAUACAAGCAUAAUUGAAGAUGUUGCUGAUGAUAAUCAUGAUGAUGACACUUCUAAACAGUCUUAUCAUGAAGAUAAUAACUAGUAAAUGACUGGUAUUCUUUUUCUACACUACUAGGAUAAUUCAUCCAUUGUAUUCAUGCAUACAUACAUACAUACAUACACAUAAAGUCAUCUCAUUUCAGUUAUAUUUUGUAAAGUUUUGGAGAUUUGUUUCACUGAAUUGAUAAUGCCUACUUCUUUUUUUAAUGUAUUAGAAAAAUAAAUAUUUUUC